CCAAGGAAGAAAAAAAAUUGAAUGAUGCAAAUUGAGAUUACACAACGGAUAGCUCAAUGAUGAUGUUUGAUAUGCAAUGGUUUCAUACAAUGAUAGUAUGUUUACUUUAUAACUACGAAUUUCUAUCGUAAAUGAAUUCACGUUAUAGAGCGUGAAGUGUCUUGUAAAAGAUAUUGAAAUAAUUUUAUUAUCUUUUGAAAUGGUGGAUCACUCGUUGCCGUCCGAUAUGCUCGACGAUCUGAGCAGUCGAUUUAUUAUCAACGUGCCCGAAGAAGAGAGAAAAGAUUUAGUACGAAUAUGUUUUCAAAUCGAACUAGCACAUUGGUUUUAUUUAGAUUUUUAUUGUACCGACGAAAAUCCAAAGCUUAGACAGUGUAAUAUGAGAGAAUUCGCCACACACAUCUUCUACCAUGUACCAUUUUUAAAACCACACGUAGCUAAUAUAGAUAAUAUUCUUGAACAAUGGCGAGAAUACAAGCAAAGUGUUCCAACAUUUGGGGCAAUUGUAUUAAACGAAGAUUUAACGAAAGUAUUACUUGUUCAAAGUUACUGGGCAAAAAAUAGUUGGAGUUUUCCUAAAGGCAAAGUGAACGAAGAUGAAAAUCCUUCUCAUUGCGCAGUUCGAGAGGUGUUGGAAGAAACUGGCUUUGAUAUUUCAAAUCUGAUAAAUGAAAAUGAAUAUAUUGAAUCGGUGAUAAAUGAACAAUUAGUGAGAUUGUACAUAAUAUGCGGUGUUCAGAAGGAUACAAAAUUUCAACCAAAAACAAGGAAAGAGAUAAAAAAUGUAGAAUGGUUUUCUUUAGCCGAUUUACCCAACCACAAGAAAGAUAUGACUCCAAAAUCGAAAAUAGGAGUCGGUCCAAACGCAUUUUUUAUGGUUAUUCCCUUUGUGAGAAGAAUGCGACGUUGGAUACAAGAGAAACAUUUACGCGAGAAAAAUGUAAACAAAAUACGUAGACAUAGGCAUAGGUCUUUGGGUGAUGUUGAAACUGUUUCAAAGGGCAAACGGCAACAACAACUGCUUCCUCAUUUUGUUCAGACUGACAUUCCAAGUUUUAAAGACUUAAAAGACUUUCGACAAUCAAACACUUCGCCCGCACGGAGCCGUCGUAGUGUAUACGAUAAUAAAAAUGCCAUAUCAAAGGCAGCGAUUAAACGUAAUUUAUUUGGCGAUCAAAAUGACGAUGAAACUUCGGCUGUUCUAGCCAAACAAUUAAUGGAUAGUCCACAAGGUCAACAAUCUUGUACAUUUUUAAUGGAUCCUGCCAUUCAAUCUGUGAAGUGCAAUCAGUUUAGCUACAAAGCACAAGGUUUUACUAAGGGAAUGAAAGAGAGAGCACCUCAACCCCAGAGAUCUCAGAAUAUAGAGUUUCUAGAAGGAAAUAUAGAAGCUUUGUUAUUUGGCAAAGCAGCAAACAAACUGCCAACAAACUUGGAUAUUAUGUCUUCACCGUUCGAUGCGACGGAUCGUAGUACACGAUUUCAUUCAAAGGAUUACCACGGAACUCAAAAAUAUUCUACAGAUAUUUGUUCAAUGAUUUGGGCACACUUUAAAUUUGAUAAACAAGCAAUACUCAAUUGUUUAUAAAUUUGUUUUAAAACUACGAUCAUCACGCUUUUAAGGAAAAAAGAUUAUGCUUGGUUAGUCCAUGCUCAUAAUUAUAUCAAAUUUUUACGAUAUUUAUUCACAUUUACGAAUAAUCGUGUGUGAAAAUUUAGAAUUAAAC